CUCUAAUUGGCUGCCGCGGCAGCCCCGCCCGCGAGUGGCGGGCGGUCACGUGACGCGACGGCUGGGGGCUCCCGGCGCGGGGGACGCUGGUGGCCAAGAUGGCGGCGGAGCUGGUGGAGGCCAAAAACAUGGUGAUGAGUUUCCGAGUCUCGGAUCUUCAGAUGCUCCUGGGUUUUGUCGGCCGGAGUAAGAGCGGACUUAAACACGAACUUGUCACCCGGGCCCUCCAGCUGGUCCAGUUUGACUGUAGCCCCGAGCUGUUCAAGAAGAUCAAGGAGCUGUACGAGACACGCUACGCCAAGAAGAGCUCAGAGCCUGUCCCCCAGCCCCACCGGCCCCUGGACCCCCUGACCAUGCACUCAACCUACGACCGGGCUGGCACAGUGCCCAGGACUCCCCUCUCGGGCCCCAACAUUGACUACCCCGUGCUGUACGGGAAGUACUUGAAUGGACUUGGACGCUUGCCUGCCAAGACCCUCAAGCCAGAAGUGCGUCUGGUGAAGCUGCCCUUCUUUAACAUGCUGGACGAGUUGCUGAAGCCCACAGAGCUGGCCCUUGAGCUUCGUGAGGUUGGACAAGGCGGCUGUGGUUCCGGUGAAGCUGGAAGGAGUUGCUGCUGGUCCAGGCCCUGGAGUCCCAAGGCCCCAUAUCAACCCGAGUCUCUGCCCUCUCCUGCCUUCCCUCUGGCAGUGUUGGUCACCAGCCCCCGAGUGGGGAUUCCACAGAAUAACGAGAAGCUUCAGGAGAGCCCAUGCAUCUUUGCGUUGACGCCAAGGCAAGUGGAGCUGAUCCGGAACUCCAGAGAACUGCAGCCCGGGAUCAAGGCCGUGCAGGUCGUCCUCAGAAUUUGCUACUCAGACACCAGCGGCCCUCAGGAGGACCAGUACCCACCCAACAUCGCCGUGAAGGUCAACCACAGCUACUGCUCGGUCCCGGGCUACUACCCCUCCAAUAAGCCUGGCGUGGAACCCAAGAGGCCCUGCCGCCCCAUCAACCUCACCCACCUCAUGUACCUGUCCUCGGCCACCAACCGCAUCACCGUGACCUGGGGGAACUACGGCAAGAGUUACUCCGUGGCCUUGUACUUGGUGCGGCAACUGACCUCUUCGGAACUGCUGCAGAGGUUGAAAACCAUUGGGGUCAAGCAUCCAGAGCUGUGCAAGGCACUGGUCAAAGAGAAGCUGCGUCUGGACCCCGACAGCGAGAUCGCCACCACCGGCGUGCGGGUCUCCCUCAUCUGCCCGCUGGUGAAGAUGCGGCUGUCGGUGCCCUGCCGGGCAGAGACCUGCGCCCACCUGCAGUGCUUCGACGCCGUCUUCUACCUCCAGAUGAACGAGAAGAAGCCCACCUGGAUGUGCCCCGUGUGCGACAAGCCGGCCCCCUACGACCAGCUCAUCAUCGACGGGCUCCUCUCCAAGAUCCUGAGCGAGUGCGAGGACGCUGACGAGAUCGAGUACCUGGUGGACGGCUCGUGGUGCCCGAUCCGCGCCGAAAAGGAGCGUAGCUGCAGCCCGCAGUGCCCCAUCCUCGUGCUCGGCACCUCGGACGCCAACGGGCUCCUGUCCGCCCCCAACGUCAACGGCGGCGGCGGCGGCGGCGGCGGCGGCGGCGGCGGCGGUGGCGGCGGCGGCGGCGGCGGCGGCGGCGCGCUUGGGGGCGCCGGGGGCGGGGGCGGCGCGGCGGGCGGUGUUGAGAACGGGAAGCCGGGAGCCGACGUGGUGGACCUGACGCUGGACAGCUCGUCGUCCUCGGAGGAGGAGGAGGAGGACGACGACGACGAGGAGGAGGACGAGGAGGGCCCGCGGCCCAAGCGGCGCUGUCCCUUCCAGAAGGGCCUGGUGUCGGCCUGCUGACUGCUCGCCGCCGCCGCCGCCGCCGCCGCCGCCGGCUGGACCCUCGACUUUCCUGGUGCUCACCCACGCGGAUGGGGCGCAGGCGGGCCUCGGGGUGCAGAGGGAGGAGUGAUUUUUUUCUUUUUAUUGUUGUUCAUUUCGUUUCUCCACCCCUUUCCCUGGCUCCUGGCACCUGUACCUCGGGACUCUCCUCUCGGAGAAUUAAAAAAAGUAAAAUGACAAAAGUACAAAAAAAAAAAAAAAAAAAGGAAAAUGAAACAAAAUCAAACUUUUACAGACAAGGCGAGCCACCCACACGGCUGCUUCCCCAGCCGGAGCUGAGCCCCGGGAAGGGGCAGGCGGACCCAGGGAGCCGCGCUCGGAUGCCCCGCCUCCCCCCUCUUCCAGGGACCAUUCCAGCUGGUGCAGAGGGACGGGGCGCGUGGGGGCGGUGGGGGCGGCGGGGAGGGGGGGGCGGACGGGCGCACGGCCCCCCUCCCUGGCAGCAGCCACGACUUUGACAUGCGUCUGUUCCUUUGCUUUUUUUCUCUGCAAACACGUUCUCUCGCCCAGAGACCCUGGAGCGCACCGCUGAGCAGGGAGCAUUUUAGCCAAGAAGCCAUGGAGUGGGUUGGGGCGGGGAGGGGGGCGG